AUGAAGCUCUCGAUCAUCUCUCUUGGGUCCAUCCUCGCCCUCACCACGUUCGUCGCCCCCGUUACGGCCAAAAGCUGGUGGUGUAACGGCAACUGGGACGACGGCGACCUCCACCGUGUCUCCUUCAAGUUCAAUGGCUACUGCGAAGGCCAGUGGGGCCAGUGUUUCCUCUACAGCCUCCGCGCCGCCGGGUUGAACCCCCACAACUGGCAGGCCUGGAAGACCGACGAUGGCAACUGGCAGGUCGAUUUCUCCAUUCCCAAAGGCAAGAGCGACCUAGCCAACAAGGGCAUCGAGGACAUUACCCACGUGUGGAAAGGUUGCUGGCCCGGCCAGUAA